CUGAGGCGGUAUCUAGCGACGGAAGAAAGUAGAAUAUAUACCUGGGAUAAUAGGAGAUUAAUCUUAAGAUAACUGACCUAAUAUCCCCGGUGCAAUAUGCGCAAGUCGCCGGGCAGCCUUGCCUCCGAGGCCUUCUCCAGUUCAAACUCCUCGCUAAGCAAUUCGUACAGUGAUGCCAGCGAUCUGGCCAACUGGGAGGAGUACGUGGCCACGGACGGUAGUCUCUUCUAUAUGGAGUAUGUGAAAAAUGAGAAGACUGGCACCUCGGCGGAGCGGCGGGUGGAGUUCAUGCGCCGAUCGUUGCGCCUGGGAAAGAAAUCGUCGCGUCGCCAGCCGCACAGCAAUAAUCAGAGUCAGAACCAAAACCAGUCCCACAGCCAAAGCCAGUUGGAUUCCCAGACGGAACCGCAAGAGUUCCGAUUCUCACAGUUCAAGACGGCUGCCCCCGAUCCCAAGAAACUAGAGCUGGUGAUCACAGCCGCCGAUCGUUUUCGUUUCGGUCGACGUUCAACUGCAGUGGAGUCGAUCUUGGGCUUCAGGGUACUUCCGUUUCCGGAUCAACCAGAAUGCCUGAUGGUCGAUGGAUUCGUUCAUGAUCUAAGUGCCCUGCAGCACGGCAUAAAGAGGGGAGAUUGGUUCAGAUCACUAAAUGGCAUUGAGUUAUAUGCCAGCAAUGUGGAUGAGUUGCUGCAGCAAUUCGUGGAACCCACUCAGGUCUGCCUUGGAUUCCAGUCUUGCGGCUCGGCAGGCACAAUAGGCCCCACUGAUCCCGGCUAUAAUCAAAAUCCCCAUUCGGAGCAGGUCUGCAAAGUGGAGAACUAUGCCAUGUUUACGGAGAAGUUCGAACAAAUGUUAAUAACGGAAGGAAAUUCCGAGAGCUCUGGAAAUACCACGGAUAUAAGCCUGCCUUUUGCCAUGUUGCUACUGCCACCGGAGUGCUACCAACAUGAACAGCAACAGGAUUCUCUUUACUAUUUCCCGGAAACUGCCGAUAACUUCCUCUUCAAAGCCCGAGGCAGUUUCCUUACCCUUCAUGCCGUCCUCAGUGAGUUACACACCCAACCACUCAGUUCCCGACUCUUGGUGGAUCAGGUCCAAUACCAUGUGAAUUACCGAAGGCUUAAUGGAUUCCUGGUGCUGUUCGCCUAUGCUGGCGGACUUUGUAGUGCGGCGGAAUGCAGUCUGCGAUCGGAUGAGCUCAUAGGAUACAUACGCUUCUCGUUGCCUGGCUUGGUUUUGGAGAGUUUUAGUCAGGAGGGAGGACCGGAAAACUGUUCGAAUCUGAAGCUGUUCCUGCGGCAUUUCUGUGAAAUUCAAAGGACCCGCCUUCUUGCCAGAUGUCGUGGUCAUAUCCGAUUCGAGGAGCUCCUUGGUCAAUCCCGCAGCUUGCCAUUGCCCAAAGAAGCCCAGCUUCGAAUCUUUGACGCCCUCAGCGAAAUGGAGGCCAUGGACUACCGCAACUGGAAUGAUGAGCCGCUGACCACUCAUCGCGAGUUUUUCAUCUACGGAAGUGCUUUGUACUAUGAUGGAUUCCUAGUGGCUAGCCUGCUUCCACCGGAAGUGAGGGUCAGUGUUGAAGGUUUCCUGCGUUGCCGUGGAAUCUUCGAGCUUCUUGGUGCUGCUCCGGGGAUCAGAGUUCGUGAGAUGUAUGUUUGGGAGGAAAUCGUGCUACCCAGUGCCACGGGUCGCUACUUUCUCACAAUUUGCACGAGGAACCACCUGAGUCUGGCAGUGAUCCUAAAGAUCUUCGAUGCUCCGGACAUGGCUCCAGAUGCGGUGGUAGGACCUUCAUUGUUUUACAUCGAAGAAAUUCAGGAGACACUAGAUCACCUAGUACAGUGUGGUAUUGAAUCCCUGGCCAUGUUUUGGUCCGUAUCCAACAAGAGACCCGAGGUGCUGGAGGCCACCGCCGGGGAUAGCAGGGAUCAAGAGAAGGAGCCCAACAACCGGCUUGAGUCCUUCCUUAAGCAGAAACUAACCGUUCUGAGUCCUUCGGUGGAGGAAGAGGCGCAACUGUGUUCCUCGCUGGGUGGAUCCUCCAUACACAGCCUGACUCCCAGCGAAGAUGAUUCCUCCCGCAGGCGAUUGACCCCUAUCCAUGGCACUGGCGACGAUUCAGAUAGCGGUUCCGAUUGGGAAAACUUUGCCGUUCAACAUCCACUUCACUAUGGAUUAAAUCUCGGGGCCGAGAGCCACAAUCAGAGCCAGAUGACAGAAUCCAUGUGGAAGGAAAUCAACAAUGUAGUGCCUGUCAAAAUUUCCGCCGGCUGGAAGAAUUCUGUGCUCCACUACGUCUACAUUGACGUAGCUAAUGGAUCUUUGUUUGCUCCAUUUACCGAUAGUUCGGAGAGUUUCUCGUUUCUUUCCGAGAUCCGACAAGCGUGUCACAUAAUCCACGCCGUGUUGGAGAAAUCAAAGCACUACCGAAGGCAUCUUACGGAGUCCUCAAGAGCACAGACAAGUUCCAACGGGCACAGUAGCCAGGCUGUGUCCCUGGUCAAAGAGCACGGCAUGACCCUGGAGGCAUGCUCGCAGUCAAAAGCCGAGGGCCAAACCGCAUCUUCGAAGAGCAGUCGCUUUGUGGUGGUCGGUCGUCUGUUUCAGUCGCCAGCCAAGGAAGUCUAUGUGUGUCAUCGCUCCGACGUGCCCCAAAACAUAGUGGAGAUGGCCUUUCGAUUGUCCUUCUUCUCCAUGGGAUAGGAAAUUAAUUGUUUUAUAGGUUUACAAAAAUGAAGUUAUUUUUCUUAUUUAAAAUUUAGAAUGAUGAUACAUUAGAUUAUCCUUGGAAAAGCCCCUAGACUUUUAUAUGUUUCUUCUUGCCCGAUACAUAUAUUUAAUUAACUUUCCUGAUUUUUAAAGAAAAACAAAAA